AUGGAGGCGAAGGCAGCAGAACUGUUGGCGGCCUUCAAGAACCCCAACCUGUCCGUCGAUUCGAAGAUCGCCUACCUCUCUAGUGUGAAGUCCGAUAUCAAACAGAAAAACGUUCCCGAGGGAGCGAUUCGCCCCAUUUUCGAAACACUACGCCUCGCCGUCGGCUCCCAACACUACUCUGUUCUCGGCGCGGGGUUCUCCACACUUGGCCACCUCCUGAAGCGUCUUGCAAUCCAAGAUCAGGAACAAUGGAUUGUUCAUCAGGCGCAGAGCUUGUAUCCUAUUCUUUUAGAGCGUCUCAAUGACCCGAAGGAACGUAUAAGAGCCCAGGCUGCAUCAAUAUUCACCGAACUGUGGCCAUUUGCAGGCAAUGAAGUCGAAUACCAUGUCCUGGAAGUUGCACUGGUUGGGAAAAAUCAUCGGGCGAAAGAGAUGAGCAUGCUCUGGUUAGCGAAUAUGACGAAGCACCAUGGUUUGUUGUUCCGCCAAUAUGUUCCUUCCCUAGUUUCAUGCCUAGAGGACGCCGACAGCGCCGUCCGAGAUACGGCUAAGUUGGUCGUGAUCGACCUGUUCCGAACCGGCCCCGCAAGAGCGAAGUCGGACCUGCAAAAGCAAAUGGCGGCGCGCGGUGUGAGGAAAUCUAUCGCGAAUGCUAUUCUUUCAGGAAUUGGCUUGGGGUCCAUUGAACCCGAGACUGCAUCCUCUGCGCGCCCAAUCUCUCGGGCUGAACGCUCGAUUUCAGUGAUGUCCUCACGUUCACAUGCCAUGGAGCAGACUGAUGAUGAGAUGGAGCCUGUGAAGCCCCGCCCAGCUUCUAGAGCUAACCGUGAAAGACCGAUAGCCUCUUCCGCACCUACAGAACAACCAAUUAACAACCGACCCCGCACACCGGCCCCGACACCAGCACUCCAGGAACCGUUGCCAGACGAUGAUGGUCUGGAGCCGUUCGAUGUUGCCUCGGCAAGGGAUGUCGAUGAUCUUGUGCGCGAUAUGCUACCUUGGUUCGAGGGAAGAGAAUCUGAGGACAAUUGGUCAAAGCGUGAAAAGAACGUGAUUCUUUUCCGCAGACUGACGCGAGGCAACGCGCCACAUGACUUCUCACAGACCUAUGUCAAUGCAGUCAAGACACUGCUUGAUGGUAUCUUGAAGGUUGUCAACUCUCUACGAACCACAAUGUCUAGCAACGGCAGUCUUUUGAUCCAAGAUAUUGCCCGAACAUGUGGCCCUAGAAUCGACCCCAUGGUUGAGAUUAUCAUGCAGAAUUUGUUGAAGCUUUGCUCGGCGUUGAAAAAGAUUGCCGCACAAAACGGAAAUGCCACCGUUGAAGUUGUCAUUCGCAAUGUUUCAUUUAGCAUUCGCCUUCUGCAGCACGUCUCUUUCGCAACCCAGGAUAAGAAUGUUGCAGUACGACUGUUCGCCACAGGGUGGCUCAAGGCUUUAAUCACCCGCCAGGCGCAUCAUAAAAGCGCAGUUGAACAUGGUGGUGGCCUUGAUCUCAUCGAGAAGUCGAUUACGAAAGGAUUGGCAGAUGCCAACCCUGGUGUGCGCGAAGCAACACGGAGUACCUUCUGGACGUUCUACGGUGUGUGGCCGGAGCGAGCCAAUAUGAUAGCUGACAACCUCGACCCCAAAUCGCGCAACUUGCUGGAAAAGGAUUCAUCGAACCCCAACCCCCCUUCAAAAGGGGCACCUGUAUUACCUGCAAAGAGCCCUGCCAAGAGUCGCUCAGCUUUACAAGAAGCUAUUGCUGCUCGGAAGAAGGCCCAGAUGCCUUCUCGACCCGAGUCAGCUCAGCCAACCUUCGCCGAGGCGAAGCCACCUGUUCCUGCCUCCAAGUCCACUCGGAGUGUACCCACUGGGGCCCCCCUCUCCUCUCUGUCUUCUGCGCCCAUGAGACCGGCCAUGAAGCCUCGACGGCCAGAACUGAGUCGUCCUGCAACUGCAGACCCAUAUGCUCGUCGCCCUGAGUCACGAGCCCAGUCUAGCAGUAACCAAUCUACCCGACAAGCGACUACUUCCCCCCGGGCUAUGAGAUCCAAGCCAUCAACACCUACAUCAAAGGCCCCUCUAACAGCGCCUCGCACUCGCCCACCUGAGUCGGUGCAAUCUGCUACAACGAAGGGCAGGCCGAAGAAACUCGAUUUGUCCAAGUCCAAGUCUCACAACGAUCUCAUGGCUGCGAGUCGUGCUCGCAGUGAUUCGAACGAGAGCUUGACCAACCAGCCAUCUGCAAGAUCCCCCCGCCACGGAAAUUACCUCACUCCAUCCGAGGACCGGCAUUCCCCAGCAUCUGUCUCGUUGGAAAGUCCUCCGCUUAAUGCAUCACAACCCCUUCUGUACUCAGCACCGCACGGCCCUCACGCUGACUCGGUUCCUGUUGAAGAACCGGAACCAAUUAUUCUGGAGGAACCUGUCGUUGCUGUACCUCCACCGUACAUCCCCGAGCCUGAUAUUCCAAUGUCUCCCGCGCCCGUGUCUCCUGUUCGCCAGCAUUCGGAUCUGGCCUUUGGUUCUGGACCCGCUUCUGCUGUCAAAAACCAGCCUGAGUCGAUGGUGAUCUACGAAGAUCCUACCACGCCCACUACGGACAGACAUGAGACUCCUGAGUACGUCACGGUGGAAACAUUCUCCCCUUCAAAGUCGUCUACUAGCCGUCCUGAUCAACCUGAACAAGGCGAAGCAGAAAUCCACCGCAUGUCAGAGGAUAUAUCAGCCUCGGUGGUCGCUUCAGCUAGGACGUCUACACCUGAUUUGGCCCCUAGACAGGACUCUGGUAUGAACUUUGAAGUUCGCACUCCAUCUCCAACACGCCGGGCACCGCUUCAGCCAAGCCCGUCGCCAACGAGGGGCCGUGUCCAACCAGCGGCUUCUAAUAUCAUGGAUAUUGAGCCCGUGCUUUCUCAAGAGCCUCACGUGGGCACUACCAGGACCGAUGGCAACAAUGAGAAUGCAACUCCACGCUUGACCAAGACUGUAGACUUGCCCGCGGUCCCGCGGUCUGCAGUUAAGCCGAGUGCCCUCGAAGAAGUGACAGCAAAUGAACCUACCCCACGUUCGCCAGAAGUGAGACAAAGAUUAGUUGAAUCAUUGUCUGAAUCAACACUCUCCCAGUCAACCUUGUCCCAAUCAACAAUGUCUGACGAUUCCACACGACGUACUCGAAAGUGGGUUGAUCGUCACCGCAGCCCUAGCCCACGUUCAAAGGACCCGAUUAAUGCCAAGGAAAUGAUCCAUAGAGGCCUCGCUCGUAUUCUCUCGAGAACCAUGGAGCCCUCUGGAUAUCGGAAGCUCCAGGGACUUAUCCAAUACCACGGUGAUGAGAUUGUUCCCCAAAGCCAGGACUACAAUGCAUUGCUGGAAGCUCUAUUUGCAGAACUGGAAGCCACCCCUUCCAACCGCAAGGAUCAUGACGUGAAGACCCAGGUUUUGGCCACUAUCCGUUCCAUGCUCCUACGCACGCGUGAGAACUUCCACCCGUAUGACACUCGCGCCAUGGCAGCUAUUAUCCGGGCCCGUCGCCACUACGAGUCCACUUCCCACUUUGUCUCUUGUCUGGAGGAAGUGGCAGACAAACUUGUAUUUUUGACCUUGCCCCAGACCGCGAUUGUCGGUGUUCUGCAGGGACUGGAUCUCGGCGCGGACGCAGAAAAUGAUGAGACUUACAGGUCCACCAUCAUGGGCUUGAGUACUAUCCAACAGUCGCUAUCACGUCCCGGUAUUGAUAUCGACGACGAGCUUCUGGCUCGCAUCGGUGCUGUCGUGAUGCAACAGCUUGGACACCCCCGCCCAGGUGUCAGGAAGAAUGCCACUGAGCUCUGCACAUUCCUGAACAUCACCUUCGGAUCCGAGAGAGUGCAAAAAGUCACACAGCCUCCUCGUGAAGGAUCCCUUAACCUUCUUACCUACUUCAUGGCCCGACGGACUCAGUAA